UUCUUCCAAUAAUUUCCACUGGAAAGUGUUGACAUUGAUGUCCGUUUGCUGGCGGCUUGCGUGGUUAAUUUUUGCAAAAGUAGGCUUUUUUGUUGACAAAAUGAGCUUUGUGCGUGAAGUUGUGGAGCUCGUUAGUGAGAAUAAGAAUAUGGACAUCCGGAAAAAUGUGCAAAAACUCACAGGUGAGAUAAAGAAAUUCCAGGACAAUGUGAGGAGUUUCGUCACGAACAAAUACGUUGACUUUCUACCGGACUUGAAUCAAUACGAGUAUUACUACGGGGAUUGUGAGAAUCUUUUUGCCGAGACGGAUGAUCUGCUUAAAACUGUGGAGGAAGAGGUGAAGAUGAAAGCAGCUAGUGAAGAGCUCCAAAGAUGCCAUGAGAAUUUCCAAGAGAUCGCUCAAGGAUUGAGGGUGACACACAAAAUUCUCAAAAUUGACCAACUGUUCAGGGACAUUGAAUCGGCAAAAUCUCACGAUGAGCACCUGACCGUGAUGAAUCUGAUUUGUGAACUCAGAGGUCUAAUUCAGGAUCCAACGGAUAAUAUUUUCAAGCAUCUCAGCUGCUAUGAAAACAUUAAGAUUCGCUACUACCUCGAGAACGAAUCAAUGCUGCACAAUCUCAAAUUGAAAUUUGAGUCUCUGGUCCAGAUGAAGGAGAAGACAUUUCAGAACACAAAAUGUGUGACGGUGAAAAUAAGCAAGAACGAGGAUGAACUCCAUGAAAUUGUCACUGCACUGGUUAGUGCCAAAUACAACUCCCGGAAGAUGUGUGAAUUCCUAAUGGAGAAUGUCUUUAAACCUUUGAUUACCAAGCCAGUGUCCUUGGACGUAGAUAAGGAGAAUGAUCCUCAAUUUGUGACUCUCCAACUGUCGUAUAGUACCAAGGAGAGAGAGGAUGAGAAUCUCCGUCCAAAUUACAAGAAAGUUUUUCAGCACAUUAAAAAUGCCUUUUCCUGCCUCGGUCACAUGAAUAUUUCCAUCACGGAGACCGAAUGUGUCUUCAAGAUCCUCCGUGAGUACAUGAAGGAGACAUUCACGAAGCUCAUCAUCAGCGAAUGCCUCGAUUACUCAAUUCCGGACAAUAUGAUAGAGAUGAAUGAGAGCACUCUGGUCACAGAUAUCACAGAAUUCAAUGAAUUUCUCAUGGAGAUGCUCUUUUUCACUGAAGAAGACCGAGAAUUUCUGGAUUAUGCGGAAAAAAUUGAAUUACUCUUCCGCAAUCGCUUCUUCAGGAACAUCCUGGACAAUGCAGUGGACAUUAUGAGAAAAGAUCUUCAUGACAUGAUACUUGUAUCCGAGAAAUUGGGUUCGGCAGAUGCAGGAGCAUCUGGUCCAGCAAUAUUCCCCAACUGCAUGGUGUCCAAGAGCACAAUGGAGCUAAUUUCUUUGAUGGAACGUGUCCUCAAGGAGAUUGAGGGCAGUGAGGAAAAAGUUGCUCAAGGCCUCUUGUCCACCAUUUCAAUUAUUCUCGACAGAUAUCUCACAGAAAUGCCCACCUACCAUGCCAAACUCCUCCUCAAUAUACCCCAACAAACCGCUCUUUUUCACAACAAUUGCAUGUUUCUGGCGUACUGGAUCACUAAGAAUCAGAGCAAGGGAAUCGAGACUGUUUCUGUGAUGGUUAAAUCUCUGCAGCAUCUUGGAUCUGAGCAAUUUCUCAAUCAAAUCAAAAAUCAAAGGGCUCAACUGAUGGAGAUUCUAAAAGGAUUCGAUUUGAGUGAUGCGGUGUCUGAGUUGGGAUUGGAACCUCCAAAGGUGGUUCGACAGUGCCUUAGACAGCUGGAUUUGCUGAAAAAUGUCUGGCAGACUAUUCUACCAGAUGUUGUGUACAAUAAAACCAUGGGAAAUCUCCUGAAUGAAUUUUGCAAUGAACUCAUUAGGAGAAUUCUCUUGGUUGAAGAUUUGCCAUCAGCUGUGGCGAAUGGAUUGGCUGAAAUCUGUGGUACAAUUAUAGACAGAGCUCCAGGAAUUUUUCAAGAUCCUUUGGAAAUCAAUGUAGCAGUGAAGAGUUGGGUGAAAUUGAAGCAAUUGGCGAUGAUGCUGAGUGGUUCUUUGGCAGAAAUCACAGAACAUUGGUCAGGAGGAAAGGGUCCGUUGACGCUCAACUACAAACCAGAAGAAAUUAAACAUCUCAUUCGUGCCCUCUUUCAAAAUACCAACCGACGCGCCAUUGCUCUCAAUUCAAUCGUAAGUGCAGGUGAACCUUGUUCAUAAGAUCCCAGUCGAUGUUGCCUUAUCAAUUAAUUAAUAAAUAUUGAUAUUGCUUUACAAAAAAAAA